AGCCUCCUUUCGCGGGCUUUCCACAGUGUCAUGUGACCAGGGGACAAAUGAAUCUUCAUUUCCCAUGGAUGAUAAUAUGGACAGAGGGGUCGAGUAUGAGUUAGUCCAGCACAGGAACAGAUGAAGACGAUUGCUUUUUUCAGCCAUUGAGAACAGUGAAAAAGUGAUUGUCAACAAUCCCUACAAGGACCGCUGAGAUUACAGCUGGGAGUGUCGGCUCGCGACGGAAAUAGAACGCUCUGGAGAGGUAACUUAUUAACGUGCUGCUGUCGUUGUCUCAGGCAGGACAUCAUGUGAUCCCUGCUAGCAUUGCAGAAUCCGCAAAACACACUUAUACUUGCAACUGUAGCUAGAAGAUGGGACAAUCGGCACAGUGAUAUCCUAACAGGCUCGGUCACAUGCAAUCACUUAGUGUCCAGGGAGCUUCCUGUUCAUGGGCAGCAUGGAGGAACCUGUAGAGGAGUACAAGUCUCCGUUCAACUUUGAGCAGGGAGUGAACACCAGCUACCUCUACCUGUCACCUGAAGAGAGCUUCACUCCCCCUGGUUCACCGGCACUGCCGCUCAGAGGGCCCAAGAGUCCAGACUUCAUCCCAGAAGUAGGCGAAGAUGCAGUGAAUGCAGUGCCCUGUUCGCCCUGCACAGCCCUAACUGAGGAAGAGCAAGCAGAGCUUCACAGUGAACUAGCAAAGGUGGAAGAUGAGAUCCAGACUCUUUCUCAGGUGCUGGCGGCCAAAGAGAAGCAGGUGGCGGAGAUCAAGCGGAAAUUGGGCAUCACUCCACUCAACGAGUUCAAACAGAACCUGAGCAAAGGCUGGCAUGAAGUCACCACCUCCACUGCGUAUAAGAAGACCUCAGAGACCCUGUCCCAAGUGGGUCAGAAGGCGACGACAGCGUUCUCCAGCGUGGGCACAGCCAUUAGCAGAAAGCUAGAGGACGUGAGAUUACAGUCAUUUUCCAAUUCUUUUGGUAUACGCUCCAUACAGCAUUCGGCUAGCAUGCCGGUGAUGAGAAACACACCCACUUUCAAGUCAUUUGAGGAGAAAGUGGAAACCUUAAAGACCAAGAUGAGCCCGACGCCAUCGACAGGCGAUACUGAAGAGGUUUCAGAAUCCACACCUGAUGGAGAGCCAGUGGCUGAACACCCAGAGGGAACUUGUCCACCAGAUCAAAAAACGCACUGAGGAUCCUCCCUCAAAACGCUCCCCUCUUUCUCCACUUCACAGCAGUACUUCUACAUAGUCACAGUGAGCUUUGUUCUGUGGCCAUAUAUUUCCACUGUAGUCUGGGUCAUCUCCAGACGGGACGUGGUAGUCCUACACUGGAACAGAUGUGUCAGAAUGUGAGAUGCAUGUUCACUCAUGCACUGUCAGAGCAUGAUAUUACUCAUUCAACUGCAGCUUUGACCUCUGACCCCUAACUUCAGGUUUGCCUACACGAGAGGCUCAGGCUGUCCUUUAGAAGUCCCUAAAUGUUUCUUUUAACACGUUUAAAGAAAAUAUCCUAAAGUCUUUAUAUAUAGUUUAAAUAUGUAAUUGAAUUUGACUUUUUGUUUGUGUACAUUCUCUGUAACACAUCCCGCUACUUAAAAUUGCCAGCCAAAUUAACCAAAAUUCUCUGUGUAUAUAAUUCCUUUUUCCAUUUUUAAAACAAAUGCCAAAAACUCAGAACAUGAGUUCUGUCUCUAAGUGUAUACGUUAAACGAAAAGAUUUUUGCAUAGAAAGUAUAUUGAGUGUAUUAUUAGCAUUAAUAUCAAAUAUGAUCAAACAGUAGUGAUGUUACACUAUUUCUCUUUUUCUAUAUUUUGGAUUCUUGAUUUAGCUUUAGAGUUUGUGUCAUAAAAUGAGCAGCCUUGAGCGUACGUGCUUUGCGACUUAAUUUCUCUUUAUUUUGUAGUGUUAGUAUAGUCACACCACUGAGAUCCCAGUGCCUUCUGUUGCUAAAACUGAGGAGGUUUAAUCUCACUUUAAAGGUGUUUCUGAUGGCUUCGUAAUUUGACCACUGCUGCAUUUCUUUUUCUUUUUACUCAGAAAACAGGACAAACUAUGAGAGGGACAGAUGUCAUAGUCUCCUAGACUAUAUGACACUUCUUCCCUGUUGUUUUAAACUCUCUAACACAGCUGAAAAGCAGUGUUAAUGUUAAACCGUUAGCCUUAGAUCCAGUGCAACGCAGUGAUAUUUACAAGCACUAAUUCUAGUAUUUGUGUAGUUCAUGGAGCCGCUUACACUGUAGUACCUGCUGUUGUGGCAUCUUCAAGACUGCAAAAUUAAAAAAUAAUAUUUGUAUUGAUAUUGUUAGCAGAGUGUAGAUAAAAUCUAAUAACAUUUAUGAUAGGGUAGAGGUUGCUAAAGGCUUUGGAGCGCAGGGGCGAUGGUACUUAACUGGCAGAUGUGUUCUCAUAUGGUAAUAUUUCAUUAUUGCUUCAUAAUUUGAGUGUGCUUUUCCUUUUUUGUGUUUUGCUUUGAUAUACAGAGAUAAGCAAAUGUUUUAUGCUUGCUGCUGCAAAAAAAAAUCAGUAUAAAGACGUUUACAGAGGUUUAAGUUCAACAUGUCUGAUCAGUUGCUCUAGAUCUAGUGUUGACAUCUAAAAAA